AUGGCUGACCAGACCUACAAGCAGGUGAAGCUGCCCCAGUUUGAUGAUCUUCCUCUGGAUGCUUCUCAUCCGCCUCAUUCGGCAUGGUUUCUUUUUGGCCAGGACGAUCAACUAGGAUGUCUCAAUCACUUGACGCCUGAGCGUGUCGCCCAUGCGGCGGCCAAUGAAAUCAGGACCGGCGUUUCGGUCGGACUGAACUGGGGCCUGGACCAGAUGAAGGUGCCGCCAUUCUACCGAACCAAGUUGAAGCACGAGAUUUUCAGCAUUGGGGAUUUCAUCAAUGACGACAAACUCGAAUUCAAUACUCAGACGAGUAGUCAGUGGGACGGCUUCCGACACUGGUCAUUUCCAGACGGACGAUUCUACAAUGGCGUCACUCAAGACGAGGUACGCAGUGGCACUUCGGCACGAAAUGGGAUUCAUGAGUGGACAAAGCGAGGGAUUGUGGGACGGGGCGUCCUGAUCGAUCAUUACUCGUAUGUCACCGAACGAGGCGACCCAAACUACGACCCAUGGCUCUACCACAAGAUCCCCGUGUCCGAAAUUGAGGCCAUCGCAAAGGAGAAAGGGAUCCAAUUCCAGACGGGAGAUCUUCUCCUGCUACGAACAGGCUUUGUCCAUCGAUAUCAAACCAUGCCAUUUGACGACCUGACGAGCCAGAUGGCUCAGCCGGAAUAUCAUUAUCCGGGGCUCGAAGGCUCCGAGGAAUCAUUGCGCUGGCUGUGGAACACUCAUUUCGCAGCGGUGGCCGCAGACAGCCCCGGCUUCGAGGCCUGGAGUGCCGGUCUGGGAGACUCGGGUGUGCAAUACCGCAUGCACGAAGUCAUCCUCUCAGGCUUUGGGUUGCCGAUCGGGGAGCUCUUCGACCUGGAAGCUCUGGCCGAGGAGUGCAAGAGACAGCAGCGAUGGACCUUCUUCGUGACCAGCAUGCCCCUGAACGUGCCUGGUGGGGUAGGGAGUCCUCCAAAUGCCGUAGCCAUCUUUUGA